CUCAGCGCUGCGGUCUGUGGUCUGUGCGUGUCUGUGCUUUCCUGCUUCCUUAUCGCCCAUCAGGCUUGCAUAACCAGCCAGCCUGCUUCCUGUGGAGAAGCUAUCAGUGCGCCAUCUGGGGCCAUCUGGGGUGAUAGGGUGUCGGCAGCCCCUCAUCCCGGGCACUUCUAGCACCCGGUGUGCUCUGGGCAUCCUGGGGCAGGCACUCUGGCACCCAGAGCCCUGCUCUCCUCUGCAGGCCCUCAGGACGCAGGUGUGACCCCCAGAGUGCAGGAAGUGCCGGCUGCGCCUGGACACCCUGCUGUGCUGCCCUCCUGCUGCUCCUCCUUGGGGCACUUGGCCAUGACCCUUGCUUGGCAAGGCCGUUCCCCUCCUGGCACUCAGCUCCCUGUCUGUGCACCUCACACGGCCGUGGUGGGAAUUCAAGUGGCUGCUGCACCUUACGCGGUCGGCAUAUGGCCGGUCCCCUAACCCCGGCCCCAUGGCAGGAGGGGACCUGGGCACGUGGCCUAUCUCCCCACCCUGCCUCCAUAGCGGGAGAUGACCCAGGCUGGGGGCUGGGGUCCGGGCAGAGAGGCGCCUGCUGGGCCAACAUGGAUGUGUGGCCGAGUCAGAGUCCAGAAACCCAGGAGGCUUGGGUUUGGGCUUCUUGUUGAUGCCCUCGGGCAGGGUGAGGGUAUAGGUGGUGACCCAGUUGGAGCCGUCGGCUGGGGAGCACCCUUCCCAGGACUGCCGAAGGGGGAGCCCGCAGUAGGGGGUGUCCUGGCAGAGAAAGCGCCCUGCACAGAGCCCCUGAGCCGUGCCUGUUCCAGGCUGGACCUUGCAGAGUGAGGCCCUGAUGUGUGAGGUGGGCUCCCGGCUCCUGAUCUGCUCCUGCAUCUGUACCUGCGUUGGCCUGGGCGUCUCCGUCCCGGGGGAUGGAGCAGGUGAGGGCUGGGGCAGUGUCUCGGGGUGUGUGGGUGCAGCGCCGCAGGCAGGGCUGUCCUGGUCACACCCUGGGGGAGGGCUGGGUCUGAACUGUGCGGGGGCCUGUCUCCCUGAGGUCAGCGGGGCUUCGGCCCCACACGGUCCACGGCUUAGGCCUCCUGGCCCUGCCCUCGCCACCUUCUCCUGGGCUGCCUGCCCAUCAGAGGGCGUCAGCUGCCAGAUCCUCACCCGCCCCAGCCCUGCCCUGAAGCGGCCACGGUGGCUCCCGUGUUCGCUGUUCCCAGGGCCAGGGGCUGGGGCGUUCAGCUGCCACAACAACAACAUUCUCCGGAUCCACUGCCACUGGUUUGCCCCGGAGCUGGGCCAGGGCGCCAGCCCCUGGCUCCUCUUCACCAGCAACCACGCGCCUGGCAGCAAGCACAGGUGCGUCUUCCGGGCCAGCGUGUGCACCGUGGAGCUGCCGGCCGAGGAGGUGCUGGUGCCUUCUGACGACUUCACCAUCACCUUCCACCGUCACGUCUCUGGGCAGGAGCAGGUCAGCCUGGUGGACCCACAGUACCUGCCCCGGAGACACGUGAAGCUGGACCCCCCCUCUGACGUGCAGAGCAACGUCAGCUCUGACCACUGUGUCCUGACCUGGAGCGUCGGGCCCGCCUUGGAGCCGCUGGCCUCGCUGCUCAGCUAUGAACUGGCCUUCAAGAGGCAGGAGGAGGCCUGGGAGCGCGCUCGGCGCAAGGACCGCAUCAUCGGGGUGGCCUGGCUUAAACUUGAAGCCGUCGAGUUGGACCCUGGUUCCACCUACGAGGCCAGGCUGCGUGUGCAGAUGGUCACCCCCGAGGACGCGGCGGACGAGGAGGAGCGCUACGAGGGCCAGUGGAGCGAGUGGAGCCUGCCCGUGCGCUUCCCCGCCCCCCGGAGGCGAGGUGCCCUGGCCCGCCCCCUGGGACAGCCCGACAGCGCCCUCGUGGCUGUGUCCAUUGUCCUGCUGCUGACCAGCCUGACCUACCUGCUCUUCAGGCUGUCGCCCAGGAUGAAGGUGGCCUGGUACCGGGACGUGCCCUCGCCUAGGCCAUUCUUCCAGCCUCUCUACAGCCUGCACAACGGGGACUUCCAGACCUGGCUGGGGGCCCACAGAGUGGGUCCGAAGGACGGGAUCAGCGCCCCCCAAGGGGGCUUGGCGGCUAGUGUUCGGGAGGCUGUUGCUUUGCUCACCUACGACCCGACAGAUGCCUGGCGGUCUGUGGGCCUGGAGGAGGAGAGCAGCAGCACCAGCGUCCCAGCAGGUGCGUUGCCAGCAGGACUCAUGCAGUCGGCAGGACAAGCGCCCGCCUACCUGCCGCAGGAGGACUGGCUUCCCGCAAGCCCCGCUAGGCCAGCUCCCCUGCAGUCAGAGGGUGACAGUGACUACUGUGCCUUGGACUGCUGUGGAGAGGGCCUCCCUCCCACCUUCACGGGAGACGCGCGGGGCUCCCAGCCUGGCCUGGCCUUGGCCUGUGGCCUGUCCUAUGACCAGCAGAGCCUAGACGCCCAGCCAGGAGGUGACUGUGUGGGCGUCGGUCACCAUCAGAGGCCAGAUGCUGGUGAAGGGGCCACCUGAGGCCCCUGCCCUUGGCCCCAUCUCCGUGUGUUGCACUUGUCCAUUCUGGGGAACGUGGGCUGGGGUCCCUGGACCUGAGCCCUGAAAGGCGCUGGCUGAACCCGUGCAGGUGGGCUCUGCCCCCACUCCCCUAAGCAUCCUGCCAGCCAAGCCCCCGCCCCAUUCCCUCCCUGCUUCCUGGUUUAACCCCAGGCCCCUCUGAGACAAGGGGUGUUGGCCCCACCACGUCUUCUGUCCCCAGUCCCUUAAGGGGCCAGUCUGGGCCAGUGGGCACAGGUGAUCUGCUGUGACCAGGCUGAGUGUCCUGUUUCUGUGCCUGCCUGAGGUACUUCCCCUACUGAGAUUAAAAGGGACAGGGUGGCUGUUUCAAAUU